GCUGAGAGAGGGCAGACAGAAGAGAAGCACAAUGACUGAAUUCCGAUGGAUUAAAGUGUCUUUAUUAAUGAUUCUGGUGCUGCAGUUUACAGCAGUUGCAGAACAGUUCCUCUCCUUGAUUGUCAAAGUUGGAGAUGAUGUCAUCUUGCCUUGUGACAGUGUGACAGAUAAUCAGAAUAACUGUGAUGGCACUGCAUGGGUCGCCACUUUAUCAGGAAACAGAGUAGAAGAUCUGGUUGAACAUGGGCAGAUUGUUGAAAAUGCCAAAGCUAAAUCAGACAGACUGAAUGUAAGAGAGAACUGUUCUCUGGUAAUGAAGAAGGUCACAGCCAAGGAUGCUGGUCGUUACGACUGUCAACAGCCUACAUCAGGAAAACCUGACAAACUGGUUUAUCUGUCUGUUAUUAACAUAAAUGCACAUGAAAAUGGUGACGAGGUGACACUGUCCUGCUCUACAUCAAGUAACACGGAGUGUAUACACAAAGUGAAGUGGCUGUAUGUGGGUAAAAAUGGGGAUCAAGAUAACCAAGACAUAUCAACAUCAUAUCCUGACUGUUCAGCUAGUGUAACAGUUCCUACCAUCGAUCUCAAGCAGAAGUCAAAGUAUCAGUGUGAAGUGACUGAUGGUUAUACUAAUAAAGUGCAGCCGUUUCCCUUCAGCCGUCAGUCCUCAAGUGAGAAACCAGGUGAGGAUGCAACAACGGUAAGAACAACUGAAAGCAGCACAAACUCAAGGACCUAUUCAACGGUGCCUGCUGUCAGUGUUCCUUCAACAACACCACAAGGUUGGUGGUUGUACAUCACUGGGGCUGUGGGUUUAGUGGCAGUACUAAUAAUCAUUGUGGCUGUCAUCAUAUGGAAGAGACCUAAAGGCGGCAAAACACAGAUGGAUGACGACACUGCACAGAGCUUAAACCCUGUGGUGACUCAGCCUGGCCCAGAAACCAGUCAGGAGACGGCUGAUCCUGAAGAUGGUGUUUCCUACGCUUCUAUCAGCUACAAGAAGACCAAAAGCAAAGCCCAGGUUAAAUAUGAUGAUGAUGAAGGUGAUGCAGUGACCUACAGCACUGUCAAAGUUUCCUCUUCUGCUGCUGGAGCCUCUGCUGAUGCCAGUGACCUCUAUGCCACUGUCAACAAACCAAACAAAUAAGAGAGCGCAGCGCCUGAGAAACAUUUGACAGGCUCUGGAUAUUCACCGGUGUUUUUGAGUGAAUAUUGGAAUCUUGACUCAUCAGGCUCUAAUCCAUAAUGGACAGAUCAAAUCAAAGAACAGCGAUCUGAAAAAGAACAAAAAAAAAAAAACGGUAGAAUGGUGACCUUUAAAAGUAUGUACCUUUAGGGUUCCCGUGAUCACGAAAUUCCCGGGAAAUGAAAUUAGAAGAAGAGUUUUCCAGGCCUAGAAGUGGUUUGGAAUUAACUAAAUGUUUUGGAAAAGUUUUCAAUUUGCAUUGUUUGACUAUUGUUCAAAACAUAUUCAUAAAAAUCCCAAAACAUGGCAAGCAUUAGGCAAAAAUGAUUCCUGUAUUACUAAUUUAAAAUCUAGUGUUGCACUGCGUGACCACUGAAACGUUGUUUACAUUGCAAGAGACACUGGUCUAUUGGCAUGUGCAGCUAGUUGGAGGCAAGAAUGUCAAACAAGCGGGUAAAGCUAGCGACUGCAAGCAGUUUGCUUAUCAACAAAUGCCUGGGAAGUGCAUGUUUAAUAAUGUAUGCCUGUAUUGCUGAAUAGGCUUAUUUAUGUUAAACUAAAUAAAGUCAUGGAAAUGGGGUAAAAUAAUAUGAAAAAAUGAUGUACUUAAUUGUCUGACGUUCUCCAUGUAUACCACAGAUGCAGCCUGCUGGUUUGAGGCCUCUCUGCUUCACUUAGCAUGACUGCAGGAGGGAUGGGGUAAACACUGAGGCUUGUAAGUGUGCAUGUAUUUAUCACAGACCUUCUCCAUGCUGCGGAGAUAUAAUGGACACAGUUUGUCCAUGCCCUAUUGAAUGACACAUAGUAAUAUUUCCUGAUGUGACUGGGUAGGACGACAUCAUUUUGUCUAUGCCUGAAAUAGAAAUCACACUUUACAGCAAUGGUAAAGGUUUGGUUAGGUUUAUGCACAAUGACAACUUGGUUAGAUUGAGGGAAGCAUCAUGGUCUGUUCAAGUUAGGGGAGCUUUGUCGCCAUGGUUACACUUACAAACAUGGUUACAAUUUAGGAAUGAUCAUAGUCAUGCUUCAAAAAAAAAUAUGUAGUCAUGUAACGAAACAGGAAACAAACAGUCUGACGGGUUUCAACCCACCCUGACCUCCCCGCUUUGUGGACAUCAUUACUCUGCAGUUACAUCGCCUGACUCCUCCUUUGCUGUUUCACGCCAACAUAAAAUCAGAUGACGUUUUGGGGAACUUGCUGACAUGACAGAUGUUGUCAUAUUUGGGAGAACCGUCUUCCUAAAAAUGCAUCCAAUGCAGCAUCACAGCAGACAUAUGGCUUAGUCUGCUGCCCUGUGUGCACACAGACACACCAGAAACAAUCAUGAUAAUAACCAGCAGGUGACUGACUCCUCUUUGCCAAGGUUUUGAAUUUGAAAUCAGAUACCAGUGUAAUAUGUGGAUAUUUCAGACCAGCUUGUAUCAUAACACGUUUUACAUUUAUGACUAAAUAUUUAAAGCUCUCUGAUGGGAACAAGAAGUCAUCUUUUACACCCAAUGAGUUUCAUUGGAACCCUUUAACUAACACUCUACUGUGUUAAUGACGCUGUUUAUUCCUACUGGGACAUUAUGUAAAGACAGACUUGAUUAUAUAACUAAAUAAGUGGUUUAUGAUCAUUUCCAGGGUGCACUGUAGUAAACAUAUUUUUGUCCAGAAGGGGGGUGGUAGGCUAGAGAUACAUUUUGCUAAAUGAACAGGCUGUAAGACAUUUGAUAACUGUGCUCAGUGAUGAAUGUUAAAUACUAAUAUUAAGUGUGUCAUAUAUGUAUGUUUUCAGCUUUCUUUGUCCUGUUAAGUGCUCAAAAGCAAACUGAGAGAAGGAGACUGAAUAAAUUGUCAUCCUUGAGAUUCGUAUUAAACAGUUGUCUGAGAGAAAACUGAGCAUCCCACCAGGUCAGUGGGAGUUUUUGGCAGAUGUUGUCACUGUCAGAAACUUUGUAAAUAUAUUUUGGUCUAUCUUUUGAUAUUGUAUUGUAUUUUGUGCUUCAAGAUUUUCUAUUAUUCUAUUAUUUUAAUUAUAUUUAGAGUAUUCAAUGUAUCACUGAGGUUGCAUUUAUGAAUGAUCCAUAUUUGUGUUGUUUUUAAUGUUAAUCUGAACCAGCUGGUUUCUGUUAAAAGGGACACACGCCCACAAACCAUUUAACGCUGAGGACGGCUAUGAGCUGAAACGUGUCCAUUCGACUGCUGC